UUUCUCGAACGCCAGGCGCGCGCAGCCGGCGCAGCCCGAGCUCCUCCGGAAACUGCCGAGCGCGGCCGCGGCGCUUGGCGGCCUCCCCGGCGGCCGGCACAGCGCGCCUGCGCAGAGGCGAGGCCCCGCCGGUUGGUGGCCGGUGCUCCGCAGUGGGGAGAGGCGGGCGAGCAGCCGGUUCCCGCAGCCCAGACGGUCGGCGCUGCCGCUGUAGUCACAAGCCAGGGGGGAGCACCGGGCGCAGCCAUGUCCGUGGUUGGCAUCGACCUCGGUUUCCUUAACUGCUACAUCGGGGUGGCGCGGAGCGGCGGUAUCGAGACCAUCGCCAACGAGUACAGCGACCGCUGCACUCCAGCAUGUAUAUCUUUAGGAUCCAAGACCCGGGCCAUUGGGAAUGCAGCAAAGAGCCAGAUUGUCACAAAUGUAAAAAAUACAUUACAUGGUUUCAAAAAACUUCAUGGAAGAGCAUUUGAAGAUCCUUACAUACAAUCUGAAAGGGCCAAGCUUCCCUAUGAACUUCAGAAGAUGCCAAAUGGCUCGGUAGGAGUAAAGGUGAGAUACCUAGAUGAAGAGAGACUGUUUGCAAUUGAACAGAUUACAGGAAUGUUACUGGCCAAACUUAAAGAGACUUCAGAAAGCGCUUUGAAGAAACCAGUGGCAGACUGUGUGAUUUCAGUACCCAGUUUCUUCACUGAUGCUGAGCGAAGAUCUGUAAUGGCAGCUGCACAGAUUGCAGGAUUAAAUUGUCUGAAGCUGAUGAAUGAAACUACAGCAGUUGCCCUAGCCUAUGGAAUAUACAAGCAAGAUCUGCCAGCCUUGGAAGAGAAGCCAAGAAACGUGGUCUUUGUAGAUAUGGGGCAUUCUGCGUAUCAGGUUUCAAUCUGUGCAUUUAACAAGGGAAAACUGAAGGUCUUGGCUACUACCUUUGACCCUUUCCUAGGUGGCAGGAAUUUUGAUGAGGCUUUGGUAGACUACUUCUCUGAAGAAUUUAGAACAAAAUACAAACUGAAUGUAAAAGAGAAUCCCCGAGCAGUGCUACGAUUGUAUCAGGAAUGUGAAAAACUGAAGAAGCUUAUGAGUGCAAAUGCAUCUGACCUUCCACUCAAUAUCGAGUGCUUCAUGAAUGACCUUGAUGUCUCCAGUAAAAUGAACAGAAGUCAGUUUGAACAAUUGUGUGCUGCCCUUCUGUCCAGAGUGGAACCUCCUCUAAGAGCAGCCAUGGAUCAAGCUAAACUUCAACGUGAAGAUAUCUACAGUAUAGAAAUAGUAGGUGGGGCUACUAGAAUUCCAGCAGUAAAGGAACAGAUCUCUAGCUUUUUCUGUAAAGAGAUAAGCACCACACUAAAUGCUGAUGAAGCUGUUGCAAGAGGCUGUGCCUUGCAGUGUGCAAUUCUUUCCCCAGCUUUUAAAGUGCGUGAAUUUUCCAUCACAGAUGUUGUUCCUUAUUCUAUAACGUUAAGAUGGAAAUCAUCUUACGAGGAAGGAACAGGGGAGUGUGAAGUCUUCAGUAAGAACCAUUCUGCUCCAUUCUCUAAAGUAAUUACUUUCCACAAGAAAGAGCCUUUUGACCUGGAAGCUUUCUACACCCAUCCGCAUGAAGUGCCUUAUCCUGACUCCAGAAUAGGGCGUUUCACUAUUCAAAAUGUUGGUCCCCAACACGAUGGUGACAAUUCCAAAGUGAAGGUUAAAGUGCGUGUCAAUAUUCACGGCCUUUUCAGCGUGGCUAAUGCCUCUAUCAUAGAGAAACAGAACAUAGAGGGCGAUCACAAUGACGCACCCAUGGACACUGAAUCAUCAAGUAAGAACCAAGGCAGAGAUGAUGAGCUGGAUAAAAUGCAGGUGGAUCAAGAUGAAGGUAUUCAGAAGAGUCAAGCUGAACAACAGAAUCAAGCAGAUGAGGAAACUGAAAAUGCAGGAACCGAAACAAAAACUGCUUCUGGAGACAAGCAAGAUCAUCCAGCCCAGCCAAAGGCUAAAGCAAAAGUUAAGAGUAUUGACCUACCUAUACAGGCAAGCCUCUAUAGACAACUGGGACAAGAUCUUAUCAAUUCCUAUGUAGAAAAUGAGGGGAAGAUGAUGAUGCAAGACAAGCUUGAGAAAGAAAGAAAUGAUGCUAAGAAUGCUGUUGAAGAGUAUGUGUAUGAUUUCAGAGACAAACUGUGUGGAGUCUUUGAGAAAUUCAUCACUGAAGAAGAUUCAAACAAGCUGACCUUGAUGUUAGAGGACACAGAAAACUGGCUUUAUGAGGAUGGAGAGGACCAGCCAAAGCAAGUAUACAUGGAUAAGCUUCAGGAAUUAAGAAAAUUUGGACAGCCAAUUCAGGAAAGAUAUAUGGAACAUGAAGAGAGACCAAAAGUUUUAAAUGAACUGGGAAAGAAGAUUCAGCUUCUUAUGAAAGCAGUAGAAGCAUACAAAAAUAAGGAUGAAAAAUACGAUCACCUAGAUCCUGCUGAGAUGGAGAAAGUUGAAAAAUACAUUAAUGAAGCUAUGAAUUGGUUGAACAGCAAAAUGAAUGCCCAGAACAAACUAAGUCUAACUCAGGAUCCAGUUGUCAAAGUGGCAGAAAUACUGACAAAAUCUAAGGAAUUGGAUAGCUUCUGUAAUCCCAUUAUAUACAAACCCAAACCGAAGAUAGAACCUCCCAAUGAUGGGCAAUCAAAGGCCAAUGGUGAACACAAUGGACCAGUGAAUGGACAGAGCGGUGCCGAAACAAAACCUGAACCAGCAAAGGACAGUUCUCAGCAGACCAAACCACCUGGAGAAAUGGAAGUGGACUAAAUCUAGCAUCUCUUUUACUUAAUUAAAAUAGUACAAGUAACCACAGGGUCCAUUCUUUUUGUCUGGUACACACCUCAGAUGUUCAGUUAUUCUUAGCCAACCUUCUGUCAUUUGUUGCUGAGUAGUUUUGAGAGUGUUUUACAUUAAGUACACUUCAGAUGUUCAUUUCCACUGAUGCUGCUUAUGUGGAGCUUUAGCCAAAUGUAGAUUGUGUAAGUCAGUUUAAGCUUUCCCAAUAUAUUUUAUAUCAAACAUACAGAAUUGAUAUAUAAAUGGCAACAAUCUACCUUAUUUAAAGCUUUUAUUGUGGAUAAACCUCAGCUCCUUUAUUCAGGAAAGGAUACUGUAUUGCACUACUGAUGCUCAAGUGUAGAUCUAAUUGCAUCUUUAUUUUGGAAAAAUAUUGGAAUUGAAGUGGCGAAACUUGUCACUUUAAGCACUGACCUUUUCUAGUUAUUGUAUUGUUAUAAUUUAAAUAUUAAAAUAGAGGUUAGUUGGCAUACUAGUCCAUCUCGUUGUUGUACCAUGAGAAUUGUACGGUCUUUUUCAUACGAACUGAAUAAUCCAAGCUUAAACACUUUUUAGAUUCCCAUACUACUAACAAUCUUAGUUACAAAAUGGUAGAAAAAUGGCUCUGCCAUGUGCUGAAGUUAAGUGAAUGGCCUCUGUGCACAUUGCUGUACAUAAAGUACUGUGCUUAUUAUAAUAGAGGAAGGGGUAGAAUAUACAAGGACUGUUGCGUAGCUUUCCCUUGAAAAUGUCUUCUUGCACAUGUUACCACUACUUGAGUUUUGAAUUCAGUCUACAUCUUGAUAACAUCUUAUGCUGGGGAGAAGAAACAACAGAAAUUUUGCUGUGCAAGGUGGAUAUUGGCACCCUGAUGUUGAGGUUGCUUAAAUGCUGUUUGUUGCAAACUUGAAAGCAAUACUGAGAGCUCAUUUAAGCCUCAGUCCUCAGCACAUAAACCUUCUGGUCGAGCAUCUAAACAAAAGAGCUUACAAACUGGAUAUUUAUUACCCCCAAAGACAGAAUCUACUUGAUGAAUUUUUGCAUAGUUUACCAGUUAACUUUGGUAAUUUACUUGAUCUAAUGAAAGUGUCUAUAAUGUUACACAGUUGAGUCACUGUUUUCUUUUAUGAAUUUUGGACAUGGUCAAGGUCCAGUGUAUGUUUAUAUAUUCUGAAUGCUUCAGUCAGUCUUGGAGGUACAGUAGCACUUGCUAGAGCAGGUCACUUUUCUUUUGACUUGAAAAACACUUUCUCAUACUAGAAUAGGAAUGAGCUACUCUAUGAAAAGUGGUUUCUUAGUAAAGUCAGCAUAAGAGAUUGAGAUCAGUUGCAGUGUAAUACUUCAGUAACUUGAACUCCAUUGCAGAAAUGCAUUUAGGUGUUCAGGUGUUCUUGCAACGGUUCUCCUGUAGAAGCUUAUUGCUGUGGUAAAAAAAGUGAAGGGUCAUGCUCAUGUUUAUGGCUUUGGCAGCCACUUUAUCUCCAGCCGUGCCCUUCAUGUUCCACCACUGUUCAUGCUACAAAGAAAGUAAUCUGUGACCCAAGCUAGACUUGGUAGAGGUGAACUGUACUCCCAGAUACCUUCACAGGAAAAGAAGCAUCAUUUAUAGCUGGAUAUAAACCUGCUAAACUAGCUCAAGUGCUGGAAUGGUAUCUUGAUGACUGACAUCACAUGACUGACAUACACAUACUUUACUGUUAUUCCUCUACAAAAUCAGUUGUGGGUCAUCUAGCACCUUGAGUUUACAUACUUAAAGCCCUUGAACAAAAACUGAGUGACUUUGAAGAAAUCUGCAGCUACUCUGCAACCUCAGUCUUGAAUUCUGCCACUUGUAGUCACGGAUCUUUGGCACUGAGGAUGUGACAGUACUUCAGUGUCGGUUGUCCUAAGAUUGUCAGUAGGUGACUGAGCUAGCUUUGGUUCAGUAGGCUUUAACAUCACUAAAAUCUCAAUUGAUUUAUCACAGCAGUUUAGUGAGUAGCAUUCUUAAGUACUGGCUUUCUAAAACCCAUCUACACAUUAUCUAGUAGUUUUGCUUAUACCAGUCAGAAGAGCUCAAACUGAAAAUCUCCAGCAUAAGCUCUCUAAUAGCUAAAAAGUCGUAUGUAAGAACAAAGUCUUCUUAUGGCCAUCAGAUGCUUAAUAUUGCAUAACAAAUGUCUGAGGCAAUUCUUACACAUACAGGCUGGAGUAAUUCUGCAGCUGCUUAAUAGGGCAAGCUUCAAAUCAGGUAUGCUUAAGCAAUUGUAGUAAGGUUUUCUUACUAGAAUAGUUUUUUUCUGUGCAUCUGCUCUGUCUCUAGAUCCCUGGUGAAGGAGAAUGCUACCCAUGGACUGCUGAUGUACAUGUUAAGAAUCCCAUUUGGAAGGACAAAAUUGUUCUUUCCAAAGUUGAGCGUCACAAACUUGAACGUACGACUUAUUAAUAUGUAAUCUGUUUUCUGUUACAAAGAGGAAAUUUUACCAGGAUUAAGGUUCUCAAGUAUUUCUAUAAGCUAUGCACAACUUGAAGAUUAGGUUUUGUGCAUCAGACUUAACAAGUGAGUUACCCUGUGGCUACCUUGACAGCACCAGAAUUAGUAUCUUGCAAGCUAAGUUGUGAAAGGGAACCAACAGUAGUGCGCUGCUCUGUACCUUGUGUAUUUUAAAAGCUAGUAUUUGUUGCUAAUGUCUUACUUGCAACUUACUGUUGAGGGCAAGAUACAUUUCUGAUGUUUCAAAUGUUCUCUCCAUCCGACGAAAAUAAAAAUACAAAGCAGCACAAUC